AAGAAAACUUCGGACUUCCUCUUUUGCAGUAGCGAGCAGCCUCUCCACACUUUCAUCCGCUGCCUCAAAGCCGAGCUGACUGAGCAGCCCUCAAAGACUCCAUCCUCCUGAUAGACUGCACAGCUGGAUGUAACACCACAAGGGUGCAGUUUUAAGAAUCGAAUGGACAGGAGAGAGCAUCCUCCCUCUGGCGACACAUCCCCCUGAACCAACAGACUGAGCAGUUUAUCUUCUCAAUACAACACCAACUGCGUCGACAGCAAACCACUGGAACAGGAUCGAGGAGGCGAGAAAGGACUGGAACAAGAGAAGUGCGUAGGUAGACAGGUAGAUGGACCAAAGGAAACCUGAGGACACAAACUCACUGAAAAGGGAGAGACAAGCACAGAGGCAUCCCUCAGACUGUUAUCACAUCUUCCGCUCAGUUGGGAGGACUGUCUGAAAGUUAAACCCUUCACUCCCACCUCUGAGGAAUUCAGGAGCCUUGGUUGCAGCUUGAAGGAGUCAUUCCAGGAGUUUCUUAUCAAUAACCCACUGAGAGGAUCACACAGGGUCACCUGACAAAACUGGACCGAGAGCAGAGAGAAAGACUGAAGGUUAUUUUUUCUCUCUCUUUCUCUUGCACUUUAGUGGACGUGUAACAGGAAUUUAAGCUAAGUAGGAACCAUGUGUAAAGGCUAGUUUGAGAAGACAAGAGUUUCCUUGGCAGGCCACGGGAUAUAGUUUAAGACAAUACACCUUUCUGGACUGCCUGAACUCAAUCCCCCCAUGGUGUGAAUGCAGACAUCCAAUCAACCUGUACUGUAUGUAUAUAUGUGAGCAUCUGUGUGCAUAUGAGAUUAUUUAUUGGUGUCAUCACUGAGUGAUAACAUAUCUUUGUGCUAAAGUACUAACUGUCCUUGUAUGCAAAUAUACAUUUCUGCAAAUAGCAAUCAGAGACAGACAGCACAGGAACAUCAGCAACAAAAAAAAACUACCUUUAAGUAGUCUACACUGGUCAGAUACUGUAAGCUGGACCGUUACAUCAUCCAUAUAUAUCAGCGGGGACGGAACAAGAGCUUCAGAUUGCGUUGCUCUGGCUGAGCUCUUCUAUCUGUCUUCCCUUCAUAAAGAUACAGGCUGACAGUAACGCCCACCAGGGGGGAUCUCUGAGGGAAACAUGGAGGCAACCAUCCGUCCCCAUGUCCCCUCGAAUGGCUGACUCCAGAGAAAGAGCCUAAUCUUGUUUCCCUUGCCCAGAACAAGGCAGGGGUGUCCAGCGCUAAUUAGAGCCACAGCCCCUCUCUCUUCCGCCCCCAAAAACGUGCGAAUGUCCUGCCUCAGGCGUCAGCCUGUCACCAUCCCUAUGGACACCGUCAAGAUCAUCCAGUCAGAGAAGUUCCCCCGAGAGUGCCCCGUUCCCAUCACCCAGCCUCGCUAUGCCCCACCCCCCAGAGUGGCAUGGGCCGGCGGAGGGGAAGGCGAAAUCAUCGUCAACCAGGCCUGCAGCGACCUGACCCUGGACAUCACGGGGUCUCCCUGUCAGAUGGUGUCCCCCUCGGUCCCCGUGACGCGCAGGGAGCAGAGCUUCCUGGCGCAGCGCAAAACCAGUGCCAACGAAAUCUGCUACCACCAGUUCCACUACAAGAUGGAAGACGUCAUCGUCAACCAGUACGUGCUGCGCUCCUCCUCCACCUCCUCCUCCACUUCCUCCUCCUCCUCAUCGGGAGCCGUCAUGCCCUGCGAGCCCCUGGACUGCCCCACCUGCGGUCACACCUACAACUUUGCAGGCAAGCGUCCACGCAUCCUCUCCUGCCUGCACUCGGUGUGUGAGGAGUGCCUGCAGAUCCUCUACGAGUCCUGUCCCAAGUACAAGUUCAUCUCCUGUCCCACGUGCAGGCGCGAGACAGUGCUGUUCACUGACUAUGGUCUGGCUGCUCUGGCCAUCAACACCAGCAUCCUGAGCCGCUUGCCCUCUGACCCCAACGGGCCCGUGCAGUGGGGCGGGGAGGCCGACCGCAGCUGCUACCAGACUGUGCGCCAGUACUGCCAGUCAGCCUGCACCUGCCAGAUCGCCAACCCCUUGUCCUCCUGUGGCAUCAUGUAGACAAGGGGAGACAAUGCAGGCAUGACUUGACGAUGCCCCCGAGCCCCCCACCACCACUCUUUUCGUCUAUAAGCUCUACCCUUUCUGCCAACCCCCUCUCACACACACACACAUACAGUAAAUAAAUCCCUCCACAGAUGUUAUCUCUAUAUAUUUAAUAGCACAGAUAGAUGCUAUGUGGGACUAAUGGAUGCCGAUGGUUCAAUAAAUAGUAAAUAUAUGUAUUUUAUGUAUGGACUGGAAUCCUAUUCACCCUCUUUCGUUUGGUUGGACGUGUUUGUCAUUGACAUCUCUUUACAUGGGAGGUCUAUCCCCCCAACCUAGGUGAAUAAAGAUGAAAUAAAUUAUAAAAGUAA